AUAAAAUACAUAUUUUGUAUUUAUUAAAUUUUACAGAAAUCUAAAAUCACUUUUAACAGAGUUACAUAGGGCAUGACCUGUAUGGUCAAAUUGCGCUAUUUGUCUAGCUAACUAAACCUUGGCGGAAGAAAUAGGUCGAGCCGUGCCUUCGCUACGAAAAUUACGCAAUCACUGAUUCUAAGGGAUAAGUUAUUACUUCAGUUGGAACAUCGUACUUUUUAACAGGACCGAGCAGAAGAGGAGUAACUUUAUACGCGGUCUAGCCCCAACAAGUUUUUGAAAAAUUGUUAAAUAUUUUUUAAAGUAUAUAAUAGCACAUAAUCAGUAUGCCGCCCAUCCAUUAUUGGGUUACCAGGUGUGGAAAACCCCUUGCAAGAAGUAUAGACUCUUUUCUGAGUGUUGGAAAAUGGGUUCCAGUAACCAGUCGUUUGUUUAGUGUUGUUCAUGGAGACAUAAGCAGAUUACAACCGAACGUCCGAGACUUUGUGGAAGAGAGGGCCAAGUUAUGUCAGCCAGACAGUAUCCACAUUUGUGAUGGUAGUGAAGCAGAGAAUGACUAUCUUCUUCACAUGAUGCAGAAACAGGGAGUGAUAUUUCAGCUCAAUAAGUACGAAAAUAAUUGGUUAGCACGUACUGAUCCUGCAGAUGUGGCUCGUGNAGAAAGCUUAACUUUCAUCUCUACACCAAAUAAGCAUGACACUGUCCCUGCAACAAAAGAGGGAGUGAAAGGGACUUUAGGGAAUUGGAUGUCCCCAGCUGACCUGGAAAAUGCUUCUAGAGAGAGGUUUCCAGGUUGUAUGAAAGGUAGGACAAUGUAUGUCAUACCUUUUAGCAUGGGUCCCAUUGGGUCUCCUAUUGCAAAAAUAGGCAUCCAGCUAACAGAUUCUCCAUACGUGGUGUGCUGUAUGAGAAUUAUGACUAGGAUGGGAUCUGCAGUACUGAAGACUUUAGGAGAGCAACAGUUUAUUAAAUGUUUACACUCGGUCGGACAGCCUCUACCAAUGAAGUCACCUCCUAUUAAUAAUUGGCCGUGCAAUCCUUCAAAGACCAUCAUAGCACAUAUCCCUGAAAACAACGAGAUAUGCUCUUUUGGAAGUGGAUAUGGUGGAAAUUCUCUUCUGGGCAAGAAGUGCUUUGCCCUACGUAUAGGAUCAAUAUUAGCAAAAAGAGAAGGCUGGCUUGCAGAGCACAUGCUGAUCUUGGGGAUCACCAACCCUCUAGGUGAAAAGAAGUAUGUUGCAGCAGCUUUCCCAAGUGCCUGUGGGAAGACCAACCUGGCCAUGUUGACUCCAUCGUUGCCAGGUUACAAAGUAGAAUGUGUUGGUGAUGACAUUGCUUGGAUGAAAUUUGAUGAACAAGGCCAAUUGCGUGCAAUUAACCCCGAGUAUGGUUUCUUUGGUGUUGCACCAGGAACAUCAAUGAAGACUAAUCCAAAUGCAAUGCUGACAGUUCAGAAGAACACAAUCUUUACGAAUGUGGCUGAGAGAAGUGACGGUGGAUUUUUUUGGGAGGGCAUGGAAGAUGAGCUUCCUAAAAAUGUUAAAAUAAAAUCGUGGACAAAUGUUGAAAACUGGAAACCUGACAGUGGGAAACCUGCAGCCCAUCCUAACUCCAGAUUCUGUGCUCCGGCCAAACAGUGUCCAAUGAUGGAUUCUCAAUGGGAAGAUCCUGCUGGUGUACCAAUUUCGGCAAUUAUCUUUGGAGGGAGAAGACCUAAAGGUGUUCCGUUGGUUUAUGAAUCUCUAAACUGGCAACAUGGUGUGUUUGUUGGUGCUGCCAUGAGAUCGGAAGCUACUGCUGCUGCAGAACACAAAGCCAAAGUCAUCAUGCACGAUCCAUUUGCGAUGCGUCCAUUUUUUGGGUACAAUUUUGGGCACUAUCUGGAACAUUGGUUGAGUUUCAGAAAGAAACCUGAAAAUAAGUUACCCAAGAUUUUCCACGUCAACUGGUUCAGAAAGGACAAUGAUGGAAAAAUAAUUUGGCCUGGAUUUGGUGAGAACUGUAGGGUCCUCGACUGGAUUUGUCGACGAGUUGAUGGUCACGACAUAGGACAGGCAACUGCCAUAGGAUAUGUUCCUAAGGAUGGAUCCCUGAAGACAGAUGGACUUCCUGCAAUCAACAUGAAUGAGUUGAUGUAUGUGCCCAAAGAUUUCUGGCAAAACGAGGUUCAGGAGAUUCGGAAAUACUUUGGUGAGCAGUUACCUCAAGAUCUCCCAGCCGAAGUUGCUGAAGAACUAAACGAACUUGAGCAACGUGUUGAGAAAAUGUAAACAUUUAUUAAGUACCGAGUACCAAGAUAAGAUUAAUGUGUGUAAUUCAUGAUAGAAUUUGUUGAAAAAGGUUUCUGUACUUCUCCAUUGAAAUGUGAAGGUUUUGAAUGAGCAAUUACAAGUAUAACAUAAAUUAAGUAUUAGGGAGAAUUCUGUUUUUUAAAUUUCAGCAAGGAUUUAUUAGUUGUAGAUAGUAAAACUUUAUUUUGUCACAGUGUUUCAUCAGGUUUAUCUGGUAUUAUCAAGUAAGAUACCAAACAACAACAACAACAAAAAAGACCGAUACCAGACAAACCUGGUUAAAUGUGACAAGAUCGUUUUAUUUUGUACAACCAGUAAAAACCUUGCUGAAAUUUUUGAUAACGUAUAUAUGCCACCAAUUUUACCGCAACUGGACAAAAUUAGGUAAGCGUGAAGAUCACUGGAAUGCAAACAUAGUGGACCAGUGCAUAUAUCUCUUGGUUUUAAAACUAAUAUGCUUCUUUCUACCAAAUUGAUCAUAAUCACUUGUGUUCUGGGAGAUAUUUUAAUAAUUUCUGUUUCAUUUUUUCUUACUUUUGUUGAAUUACUUAAAAUCAAUCGGAACACUUAAUCAUUCAAAAUAUUUUGUUCAUUAAUUCAAAAAUGACAUUGUUUUUAAAUGAAUGGAGACUAAAGCUUUAAUUCACAAAUCAUUUUUAACUAAUUGAGGGAAAUGUUCAAUAGUAUUUAUAUCUCUGUAGGAAAUAUUUUCACAAAAAUGUACUUCGUAAACAAACUAAUAUUUUGAACACUGAGACUAUAACACACAUUGUAUUGAGGGGGGGAAUUAUGAUAAUAAUAGUCUACACGUCAUAUGAAGAUAAACUGGAAACAUUAUUGGCUUUUUAGAAUUUAAAAUGCAUAUUUUAAGAUAAUUACCAUUAUAAUUUUUUGAGACUACGUUAAAUAUACUUUUUCAGUACUUUGUCGAUUAAAACUUAAAUAAUGGAAUGAUAUGAAUUGCAGAAGCCUUGAGAUUAUUCUUAUGAUGUUCAUUGAGGAGUAUUAAUAUUUUUUGAAAACUGAGUUAAUACUGUUAUGGGUUGGUUUGACAGUUUAAGUGUGAAUUCCAAAUUUCAUUGAAUACAUUUGUAUUGUAUUUAUACUACACUAUGAAUCUUAUACAUGGGUUUUAAAAAUCCUAAAUACUAUUUUUUAUUUUCUCUUAAACAUCAUCCCCCCCCCCCCAACAAAAAACAAUUUUGUGUACAGUGAGAAAAUUGUCUUUAAAAAUCAUGCAACUUUUUUUCUUUAAUGUAUUUUCAAAAUCGAAGGGCAACCGUGGUUUCUGAUACGAACUAGUCGACUUAAAUUCCAUAUCCCAUUUUUGUCUUUUCCUAUUGUAUUUUUUUAAUAAUGCUUGUAAUGUCUUGGCAAACAUAAAAGUUGAUACUCAGACUUGCCAUUUCUUUUUAAGAAGUUGAUUUGCUUGAAUUCUAAAGACAUUUACACUUAGUAAACACAGUUUGUUCAUUAAAAUUGAUAUCUUUCCUACUUCUUAAAAAACAAGCUGUAAAAAAAAAAAAGGUUUGUACCCAUUAGAUCUAGUUUAAAAAAUAAACUGUGAUAAUAAUAAUAUUAUGAUUAUUUUCAUGCAAUAACCUUUCUGGUUUUAAAUCCUAUUUUCUGUGAAAUAAUGUUUGCCUCAAUUUGGAAGUGAGGUGUAGAGUAACUAUGUACGAGAUAAAUAAAAUGUUUCAAAGAA